AUGAACUCCAUCAUCAUCGGCGCCCUGCUGUUCCUCAGUCUGCUCCCCGCCCUCCACAUUCUCUGUCCUGUCAUCCUCCUCUCCGUUGUCCUACUUGCCGACGAUGGCCCCUGCAGCUGGACCCGCAUCGCCAACAUCGUCACCGUGGAAAAUUCGAGGCCCACCUCCGAUGUCGUCUGCAUCUGGCACCUGCAGAAGACAUGUCCCGACCACCUAGGCUGGCACACGUGGUACUCACGCCUGUCUCCCGACCGACGCUUUUCCGCACCCCAAGAUCUCGUGGACUGGACGGACCAGUACCUUCUUAAACUGCUUCGCCUCGACACAGCGAUCGCGGAGACCACCCCAACGACACAGCACAUCCUCUCGACCGACUGGGAGUCCCGAGAGGGCAUCCGCAGCGACCCCAGUGCCCUCCGUCGACUCUGCUCCUGGCUAUACUUCUUCCCAGCCCCCACCCCGCUGCAGACCGCCUACGAGAUCGAGGCCACGAUCAAAAACAUCACCACCUUUCUACGCCCUCAUGUGCUCGACGUCGCCACGGCCUGGAAUGACUUCCCCUGGCAGACGCUGUCCAAGGAACUCUCGCACCCGUCCGCACAACCCGACGCCCCUCCCACCGCCUCCUCCUCCUCCAUCGUCUUCUACCUCCGCCAAGUCGCCGAGCUCCCCUCUCGCUGGCACCCCGACCACCGUCGCCGUCUCUUGUCCCUCCGCGCCAACACCAUCGCCGCCCACGCCCGCCUCGCCGCCCUCACCGCCUUUCAAGCCCACGCCCACGCCCACUCCCGCGCCGCGUCGGACGCUCUCGGCUUCCUCAACACUUACGACCAAAUCAUGGCGCAUCACACGGCCCUUGGUCGCCAGAGGUUGAACGAGGUGGGGAACAAGGCGGAGUACUUCUUGAUGAUCACGCGGACCGUCCUCCCGCGGCUGGACGUACUCGUGCACGAACUGCAGGGGGUGUCGCAAGCGGGGAGGAGCGAGUGUCGCGAGUCGCUGCAGGGCUGGAGCCGAGCGGAGGAGAGGGAGGACGUCGGCGACGAGGACGACGGCGUGCCGGCUGUACGUCGUGAUGGACAGGGCGGCGACGGCCCCAAGGGACUCCUAGCGCCGUAUUGGAAGGUUAAGGAAGCGGUGUGGCGGUGGGCGGGAGCGAGACUCGACGGCGCUCGAUGUCCCGGCGUCGUGGCUUGGGGCCACCUGCUGCGGAGCGAGAGGGAGGCCGGGAGGCGUAGACGUCAGCUUGGGCGUGGGAUUGAGACGGCGGACACGCAUGGAUGCCGUGGCGCAGUUGGGGAGGACUGA